CCAAAUUCAAAUUUGGCGAGUUUUUUUUAUGUAACUUUUCUGUCACAAUCUAGGACUAAAGGCCGAUUGAUUGCCGUCAACAUACGUGAGAUGCUGGCUCAAGCUUGAUCAAAGUAUGGUACCCUGUAUGCUAUAAAGAGGAACAGUAAAAAUGGCAUUUAAUUCAGUUCUUCAGAUGUACCUUGACUGGGCAAACAGCCUCUUGUGUGAACAUGGCAUUGUCAUCAACGAGCUCAAAGAAUUUCAAGAUGGCAGGAUUUUCUCACUGCUGGUUGAGAUCUUGACUGGGACUCGGCUUUUUCCAUCCUCGGAGGGCUGUGAUGAUGAUGAUGACAUCUCAUCAUUAGACAGGGUUCAGACCAUUUUGGAUUAUCUCACAGGGCUGGGGAUCAAAUCAAAAGUUUCUGCAUCAGGUGUACUGAAGGGAGAACUCAAAAGCAUCUUGGAUGUGAUAUGGGCAAUCAUUUUACACUUCACUAUACAUUCACCAGAUACUCCCAUGCAGCAGAAGACGGUGCGUAGCGGCAAAAAACAGUUGAUCCAGUGGUGUGCUUCUCAGCUCGGUGAAACCUCUCUCGAUACAAGCAAAGGACUUGCGCAAUGCUUUGAGAAGAACAACAAGCUUGCAGAACUGAUUGGGCUCUUCUGUAGCUAUUCAAACAGCAGUGCGGAGACGUAUGUGAACAACUUGACUAGUGCCUUGAUUGCUUCGGAAGAACAUUUUGGAAUUACCAAGUCUUUGCUCAGCCCAGCAGAUGUAAUAAGAGGGACAGUAGAGGAACAUGCCCUCACUAUCUAUCUUGCACUUCUCCGCAGAAAGGUAACACAGCUUGCUACUGAUAAUGAUCCUUCGGAGAAGAGUUCUGAUAUAAACACCUCAGCAGGCUUUCCGGAAGGAUUGACAGAAGAGACUGCUAAUUCCCUAUCCCAAACUUUUAGCUUCAAAUUCAUGCGAUCCCCCUCUGUAUCAUCAACAUCCACUAAGCCCCACCCCUCGUCCACCUCCCACCAUACCCCUCCCUCACAUGACGCAGUGACGGGCGAGGGCGAUAACACACAACCCGUUGUACGGAAGAAAACUGCGCCAUUACCAAGUAAGAUUCCUGUAUCAAGUGCUAGGCUGCAUCAACCCCCAUCAUCCAGGACUGAAGACAGUGCACCUAUCCCUGAGAGUUCCUCAAGAAAGCGACACCAGGAAGAAACGGAUGAGCAGAAGCAGAUGGCAUCGUCAACGGACAAGGGCUUCAAGAUGCCUUCAGGAAUACCUGUCCGCAAGACCCAGAAGCUCUCGACGAUCCAACCUGUCCAGACGAGUACGCCAAACCCAAAGCAGAAGCAGUUCCUUGAGCGGAACCAUCAGAGGGAUGGAGUCAGUGAUGCUGGUGAGAUCAGACAGAGGGGGCAUGCUGGAGGGUCCCUGAAGCAAGAGGCCAAACAGCAGCAUGGACAAAGAGGAAUGCAGGAAGUUGGUCGUGAUCAAAAUAGCACAAAACAGGCUGAGAACAGAGUAGAUCUAGACCUUUCAGAUAUUGAACAAGAUAAUGAGGUGAACAAGGGGCAGCUAGAGGAAAAGAUGGUAAAAGAUGUUGCUAUGGGCGACAGGACUUUACCAAUACAAAGCACAAGGAUUAGGGAUGAUAGGAUAUCAACUGAGAUUGAGAAAAAUCAAACCAGUGCUGAAGUAGAAAACAAGCAAAUGCCAACAUCAGCCACUGAAGACAAUUUGAGAUUGAGGGAAGAACAAGAAAGAGGAUUUAGUGAACAACAACAAAGAGAAGAUCAAGAAGAAGAGGGGAUCAAAGAACAUGAGAAAGUGGAUGUGAAAGUGAACAGCAGGAUUUGCGCCUUUGUAAGAGAAGAUGGAGAUGGUGCAAGAACUGCCGAAAGACAAAUAAGUGGAGGAAGAACCAAAGAGGAUGAGAAGAAAACAAAUAAAGCAGACUCUUCUAUUGAGAAGUCUUUCACCACUGAGGAUCUUGCUCUGUUAAGGAGAGGUGAAGAAUUAUCAAUAAUGAUACCAAAAGGUCUUGACCUCUCUGGCAGUCGCGGCGAUGAGCUACUCUCUAUGCUGGAAGCGAUCGGCACGGAGGGCAAACAGCUUAGGCAAGAGCUCAAUGAAGCAAAAGCUAGGGAGGACUUCUUAACCAAAAAGUUGAAUGAAAGGUUUUCCAGUCAGGAGGAAGAAGUCAUCAAUCGUUUGGUCGGAGAGCUAGAGAUGUUGAGGAGGGAGAACCAGAGACUCUUCCAGGAACUAGCCACGGCGAGAGAGGCUGGAGCCGAGGACAGGAAAAGAUGUGAGAAUUUACAGGCCGCUGUAGAGAGACUAGAGAUGGACGUAGAGCGACUGACUGCUGAGAACUUCCGUCUGAAGUUUGCUGCCGACACUGGCUACCAGGUGACUGGUGAUGAUCUUAUGGCUGCUAUGUCAGAUGCAGAUACAGGCUUCCAGUCCCUGCCAUCUCCAGGAAAAGAUGGCCAUCAUCGGGAGAUCCAGGACAACGUACCUUCUCCAAUUCUGGAGGCCCAGUCAGAGCAUGAGACCAGACUUCUUGCCAUGAAGACAGAGACAGAGAGCAUGCGCAAACUCCAGGAGCUCCUCACAAAAGCUCAUGCAGAGAACCGACGGCUGAAGGCCAUUCAGCAGAACGCUGAAAGCAACACCAACCAUGAGGUGGAGAUGGCUAAGGUCAAGGCCGAAUUGGGUCUCGCCCAAGUGGAAGGUGAGAGACUGAGGGAAGAGAGGGCCCAACUGAAGAAGGAGGUUGAGGAAGGGAGACAGGAGAUUCAAGAGCAGAUGCAGAAGAACAAGGAGUUAGAAGCUAUCAUGGUGAGGUACACCAGAAAAGAAAGGGAAUCUCAAAGGAAUGAUGUAAGACAUGGUGAAGAGAGGACGGAGAGUGUUAAAGAAACUCAGAAAGAUAGUAGCUCUGAAGUUUUGAUGAGAUCACAACCUAGUGGGAUUCAAUGUGAACAAAAUGUGACAGAAAAUUCGAUGGAUACCUUCAGUUAUCAGUCUGAAGCAUUGCAUUCUUUUAAUGCGAGAGGUGGACAGAGUGGUAUUGCAACAAGUGGGAAUGUUGCAAAAGGUACAAGUGAAGGAAUCCUCAGAAACAAGUAUUCUAUAUCAUCUCAUGACAAUGGACAUGUUCACAAGAGUUUGGGGAAUGAUUUUGAUGAGGACAGUGGAAAGGUUGAUGCCAAGGCAACUGUUCCAACAGAUCAGCUGGUGUCCAGAGCUUUUGUUGUGAGGAAUGACGGUAGAGAAUCUGUGCAGGAAUUGCCAAACUCUAAGGUGUCAUUGACAUUGCCUCUGACAUCCUUGGAUGCAGGAAGCGACAAAACCAUGCACAUACAUGUAGAUAGUGAGUACGACACACAGAGAGCUGGGAACUACCCACGAGAAACACCUGAUGCAGUUGUUGACUGGAAGUACCUUGCCAUGAGCCCUAGCCCAGAGAAUGAGAUGAGGACGAUUGCACAGUAUGUUGCUCGUCCACGGGAUCUUGAGACACCGUCUGAGAUUGAGAGUGAGACAGAGUCUAGGGCCAGUGAUCUCUUCAUGUCAAGCAAUGUCUCCUCGCCCAUUGGUAGAUUAUUGUCUGCUUCAGAGAGAAGGCCAAGCCUCGGGGGAAUGAUUGUUGCUCGGGCGCAGACAUCCCCUGAAGGAGACAGUCCAGUCUAUUCUGGAGAUUCCCAAGUUAAAGAUGACACUCUGAUAGAUGAAUCUUACUUGGAAACAAGCCCGGACUAUGUCACUGCUGAUGAGAAUUCUGUUGGCAGGACUUCAGCCAUCAACAAGCAGACUGUUAUGUACGAAGCAUCAGAUUCUAGCAAAGCAGUACUAAAGGAAGAUGGUCUAACACCCUACUAUACACCCAUGGUGCAGCGUAACAAGCUGAAGUUCUCAUCACUGUCCUCGAGCCUGGAGUCUCUGAGGAGUAUUUCACGUAAAGCCAGGGAAGACAUUGAUGCAGAGCAUCCUACUACUGACAUCGUGUCAAAGAAAGAGGAGCCAAAGAUGGAACAAAAUGUGCCCACACUUGAGAUGGAAAGAAAGUGGAUUCAGGAAGAACUUGGAAGGAUACGCCUUGACAACAACAUUCCUGGAGAAAAAUAUCCAGAUUUAGCAAGGAGACUCAGUGGAGAUAAACAGUUUGAAUCAAUAGCAUUAUCAUCAAGUAGAGAGAAUUUGCAAUUUUUGCCACCAAGAAAUGUGCCACGAUGGCGAAAAUUCCAGUUUAGAAGUAGAUCAUCUAGAACAUCAGAAACAACGCAGCAACCAUCAUCCCUUCAGUCUGCUCUACAUUCCAAAGGUGCAGGCUUCAGGAGAAGUCCUACUAGGACUGUGAGCUUAACGAGAUUGGAUUUGAGUGGUGGGACAGGGGAUGAGCUAUUAAGGACAUCUCCAACACUUGGGUUGGGGACACCUUCAAGUUAUAGGCAAAAGACAUCACCAGAGAGAUCCUAUGUCCAACGUGCUGUUUCUCCAAUACGAAGCAGUAGUGAUGACAUGUCUGAUGAGUACAAGCCUCUUCCAGAUGAAUUAAGAAAACCUCAUGUAUUGGCUGAGCGUACUCCAGUGAAAGCCAACAAAAGAACAGUUCCUACUCAGAAAACUAACCCAUCACCUGUACAGAGCUUACCCCCUACUCAUUCUCUGACUAACUCGGGAAAUGACAGCGAAAGAAAAAUGACAACUGCAUCACCAUCAAGUAAGGGCAUACAUGUACCACUUGCAAAUGGAAGUAUGGGUGGAUAUGAAACAUGCAGUGAUCCCUCCAUUCAACCAGUUUUGGCUGGUAAUGCAAGUCCUCCUAAAUCUAGAGAUUUACCGAUUGUGGGUACAGGCACUGACAGCAAAGUCACCUCAGGUAGUCUUUCCAGGGUUAGUGAUCCAGCCACAGUGAUAGUUUCCACCAUUCCUCAACACACAAAGGCAUCAAAACUUUCACCUCAUUCCAAGGUAGUUGAGAAUCCCAAUGGCAGAGAAGACCCGUUUUCCACCCAAACGAUAUGCGACCUUCAGAAACCUGACCUUGACAAACACGGUGGCAGCGGUGGGAUAUAUUCACCUUUGACCCCUAAUGACUUGGAUACUUUGGCUGAAAAGAUCAUCCAGGAGGCUGACUCUGGUGUGUCACUGACCAGCAAUGCCAGCAUCAAGAAUGGAUUCCCAACCAACAUGUAUGAACAUAGACUGUUGUCCAAGGAUGAGCAGACAUAUGCCAAUUCCUUGAUAGCCAAGUACAUAGAGCAUUCGCAGGACAAAGUUUGAGGAGUUGAACUGAGGAAUGACAUCUUGUGGUGUGGAUUCAGCUUCACAAAGUCCUUUAUCAGAUUUCGGUACACAUAUUUCGUUUGCAUAUUGGAAAAUUUGAUUUUGUUAUGUUUUGUUUUUUUAAGGGUCAAACAAAACAUUUUUUUAUUAAAAAGGGCUGAAUAUUGCUGUUCAAAUCUCUGUGUGUUUUGUUAUCAGUGGUGGUUAUUUUUAUCCUGAGACUUUUUUUUCACAACUGUUCUGUAUGUUUCUGGAUGUGUUAAGUAAAUUUUUUAUUUAAAAUCUGUGCUGAAAACCCUAGAAAAAAUCAUUACUGAUGAAUGAAAUUUCUGUUAUAAUGUUUAUUUUACUUGUAUCUUUUUGUAUUUCAUAUCCAGCUAAGUAUUAUUUCAAAAACUUUUAGAUCAAAUUUUCUGUGUGCUGUGCAUUUUUUUACCAUUCCUUCUUAAAUAGUUAUUUAUUUAGUAAUUACCAUUUGUGUAAAAAUUGAUAUUUAAAAUACUAAUAUAAUAUUGAUGUAUAUAUUUUUUUGAUAAAGAAUAAUGGAAUUAUGGAUUAUAUUUUCUGAGCUCUGUACAUUUUCUUGUAAAAACACUGUUAUUACAUGCGAGGUCUUUGAAUUUCAAGAUAUUUAGCACAAUUAUUGUUUUAAUUUACAUGAGUUUUAAAACGCUUGCCAUGCACGGUGCUUAAUAUCAUUUGCCUAAUAUCCUAGAUAUACAAAAAAAAAUAUACGAGAAAAUGAAAAAAAUGAUAAUUUCCUGUCUUUAGAGAUUAUUGUGACAUUUUUAGGAAGAAAACACAAGAAAUUUUACUGAUCUCGAUAUGAAAUCUGGACUCCUUAUUGGCCAAAAUUCUCAUCCAAUCCUCCUGUAAAUUUGUGCAUUUAUCAUUAUGCAUGCUAAUCAUCAGGUUAAUUAAUGAUAUAUGCAGUUUGUAGAUAAAACUUUUAAUGAAUUUCUUUUAAAAAAUAGUACAUUGGGUGAUUUCAAGUACGGUGUUCGGUGUUGGUGUUGAGAGCGUAAAAAGGCUGCUGAACCGAGCUCCAACACCGAGCUGAGUUCAGAGGAGUGAUACCGAUCGCGUUAUCGAUAUCCUAUGACGUCACGCAGCUGCACUGCUGAUCAUCUCCACUUGACGCGAGAAAUUCUUGACGACGAAAGUGAAAUUGGGAAGAAAUUGCAGUAAAAUCUUAUCGUACAAAAUGCACAGGUUAAAAUCACUGCAAUAUUCAGAAAGCAUAAAUAUUAUUUUUCAUUAAAAUGUGUAAAACUCUAAUGAUUUGAGCUCAUCUUAACUGUAAUAGAUAAUUUUACGGGGGUGUUUCAUCGUGUUCUCCUCCUGUUCGUGAACUACAGUUCAUCAACACCAACACCGAACUUGAAAUCACGAUUUCCCCAAUCCCUGGGGGUUGGUGUUGGUGAAUAGGGAAAUUGCACGUAGAUCGUCAAAACCAGCUGUAAUGCUCGGUUCAGCAGACGACAUUCAACACCAGAGCUCAACACAAACUGCCGGAAAUAUGUCAUAUUUUCCGAGGUCAAUCCCAACACCAGCGUGAUUUCAAGUACGGUGUUGUAGCUGGUGUUGUCACAACACCAGAUUUCAACACCGUACUUGAAAUCACCCAUUGAUGUGUGGUCAGUCUAAAUUGAAGGUUGAUGGGAAUCUAUUACACAUGCCCCUGGAAUUCUAUGUUUCAGAAAUAUAUGCAGGAAAUUAAUGCCUGAAAAUGCUCAUUGUGAAACUUGUGAACAGGACACUCUAAUUUCAUUCCAAGGCCAAUCACAUGAUAUAAAGUAUUUGUACGCACUGACAAAAAAAGAAAAAAAAAUUGAUGAGGCUCUUGCCAAAAAUAUUACAGUGAACAAAUAUGGAUAUGCAUAUAUUUAUUUUUUUUAUGUUUCAUUUGUUUUUAAGAUUUUUUCACUGCACCUGAAUAGGCCUGUAUUCUGUUUUUUUUUAGUUGAAUUUGUUAUGCCUUCAGUUCUUGGCAGUAUAAUUUAAAGCUAUUCAGGUUGUGAAUGUGUGUUCAGUUGUUCUUAAAUUCAUUUGUAUAAUCAGUAAGCAAUAUGUUACAGGACCCAUAGGUAUGCUUGGAGACACAAUUUCAAUGUCAUUCCCAUUGUGAGUGAAGUGAUCAUGUUGUAAAGAUGCCAACUUUUUGGCAGCAUCAAAAAUAUGUCAGGGUUCAUAGAUAUUUUUUCAUAAUAUAUUUUCCCACAAGUCAUUUUGCUACACAUAACAAUUGCAGCAAUGGUGGAUUAAGGAGGGGUGCACAAGAAAUGCCUCCCUCCAUAGGGAAUCACCCAUUAAACUUAAAUAUUUCUAAGAUAUUACUAAAUCCACAAGAAUUGUCAUAUGCACCCUACAUGUAUCUGUUUUAAAUUUUACUCUUUGCACCCCAUUAUUUAACAGUGGAUCUGUUGAUUGUGUUAAUUGAGAAAAAGUUCAAAACAUGAUUUUAGUUUUACUCCAAUAUACAAGUAUGAUUUUGCCUCUUAAAAUAUGUUUCCACUUGCUGUUCUAAUUGUUGUCACCUCAAACUAUGAUUGUAAUGAUUGCAUUUGUUACACAAAUAUGUGAGUGGAUAUGAUAAGUCUAAAAAAGUUGUUGAAAUUUCCGAUUGGCAACACAUACCUUCAAUCCUAUGGGGCCAUGAUAUCAUUGAUAUUUUGUAUUAGUGUAUUUUUAAUGAAGAGUUAAAAGAGAUAUAUGUAUGAUAGGGAAUGUGAUAAGUAGGUGAAGUUAUUUGAUGACAUCAUUAAUCUAUUUUUCAUAGUGCAACUGUAUGUCAAACAAAACUAACAGCUGCAGGUACUUUUAUGAAGGUAAAAUGUGCACAGGGACAUCGUAGAAUUGGUUUGAACAAUUACACAAUUCAUAUUCAAACACAAUCAUAAUCAAAGUGUAAUUGAUAUUGCUGGAGUGUGUAGUCCAGGCCUGUUCGUACUAAUUAAAGGUCAUGAAUGUUCAGUCAUAUUGGAUCACAUUGAUAUACUAGUAUUAUUUUGUAAUAUUUGUUCAUCAUUUACAUUUGUUAACAGAAAUCCAAUAUGCAAGUAUGUUCAUCCUUGUAAGAUCAUCUUUGUGCUAAUUCGUGAUAUUUUUUUAUGCUGCAGACUUUCUGUCUAUGUCAAACACAGUUAUUAUUUGCAGUGUGUUGAUCAAAUAUCUUUUCUUUAUUGAUGCUGUCCAGGCUCAAUGAUAUUGCAACGUUGUAAAUUUGAAUUUAUUUUGUAUUUUUAAUUCAUGCACAGCCGCUGUAUUUCACAAACAAUUUUGUAUUCACAAGCAUUCUUUCCCCUCCCCUUCUCCAUCUCACUCUCUCUCUCUGACUCUCUAUGUCCCUUGUUGUCUCUCCCUCUCUCCCUUCUAUUUAAUCUCUAUCUUUAUAAUGUAUACUUCAUGAUUUUUAAUUAUCUUAUUUCUAACAUUUUAUGUCGAGAGGUGAUCAAGCUAGCUUUGUAAUCACACGAAACAUGUACUCUGUCAAAUUCUGAGUGUGAUUGGAUUUAAUGAAUUAAUGAUGAACACAGUCUAGUCUCUUGAAUCCAGUGAUUUUUUUUUGUCAUGGAAAAUGAACCUUAUAUUGUUUUAUAUGCCUUUCUUGUCAAAUUUCUUCCCAUUUUUUAAAGGGAAGUGGGAACUAAUGUACUUAGUUGAUUAUGAGCUUUAAGUUAGAAAUCAUAGAAAUUAUGAAUGAAAACAAUCCUGAGAAACUCAAAUUCAUGAAAAGGUCAAAUUUUGAUAAUUAUGAUACCAAUAAUAAAAGAUAACAUCAAAAUUUCCCAGGUUAGCCACUUCAAUUCCACACACCUAUUCUACCAGCUGGUCCUGCUUACUAUAGUAAUGUUCUUACCCCAGCUUUAGCAUGGCUUCUCUGGUCAGGAUCCAAGUAUUCAUGGAAUUUUUCUACUGGAUACCCAUUUACUUCACCUGGGUGGAUAGUGGCAAAUUUAGAUAAAUGCCUUGCCAAAGGACACAAUGCUGCAACGGAUUACAUAUGUGUUUCUCUUGGAAGUUAUGUAAAUCUCUUCCCCUGUAUUACUGAAUGUGCUGUACUAAGUUUGGGGGCGUCGUGGUCUAGUGGUUGCAACUCUUGUCUUUCAAUCAGAAGGACGUGGGUUCGAAUCCCAGCCAUGUCGUGUUUUUCUUUAGCAAGAAAUUAACCCACAUCGCGCUGCACUCACGAAGGUGAGGUGAAUGGGUACCCAGCAGGAUUAAUUCCUUGAAUGCACCAAGCGCCUUUAGCAGCUGGAGCUACAGCCGGGGUGAUAUAUAGUGCGCCAUUGAAUAAGCAACUAGAUCGGCGCCUCAUAAAUGCUAUAUAUUAUUAUUGUUAUUAAGUUGGACAAGAAAAAGAAGAAAAGGUUGUCUGUUGAUUGUAUAACCUCAAUGUAUAAAAUAUACCAUCUUCUUUCUUGUAGGUUGUAAUCCAUAAACCCAUAACUUUUGACCUCAGAGAGUACAUGCAAUUAGCUGGUUUAAUGACGUAGUUAAUCAGUUAUCUUUCAAAAAGUUAUUUUCCACGAGUAUGUACAUUUCACAAACAGCUUUUUAGAAAUACACUGAAUGGGUACCAGUAUUUUGAAUAUGACAAGAAUUUCAGUAGCUUAUGUGUACCUGUUUCUGCAAUAGCUGUUACAUAGCAGGCGUAGACCUUUUUAGAAACAUUUUGAAGUUAGAUCACACUACUCUUUAAAGCCUGUAUUAAGCUUUGGUAAAGGACCAAUGAUAUAAAUUAUACUUGAAUAUCAUCUAAUAUUCCUAUCUUAAAAGCUAAUAGUAUCUGUUUGAUCUUUAUCGUUCAUGGGCUAAUUAUCUGUGAAAAGUUAAAUAUUCACACUAAACACAUCUAGUGUUCACUGUUUGCGAUAUUUUGUUUUCAUUUGAAAGGAGAGCAUUUAUCUUAUGAAUUUAAGGAUUCAAUAUCAUGAAGCUACAGACAAAGAUUAUAUCCUGAUUUUUUUUAGUCCAUUCCAUGCUUUGGAAUAGGUUUAAUAUGGAAUAGAAAAUCUACACCGAUGUCUUAUUUUGUUUGCGCACCCAAAUGGCACGCACUUAUUUUCGUUUAAACAUGCAUAAUAUAUCCUGUAACAACAUUUUCAUUUCAUAUCCACAUGAUAACUGCUUUAUGGCAUACUCUUACAAUUCAGUACUGAAUUGUAAGAGUAAUUGCCAUAUUUUAGGGUGUUUAGCUAAGCUGAAGAAGGCUUUUAUGUGUACAUGUACUUUGAUUUUAUUUUCAUUCCAUCCUCACGAUUAUCAAUACAAUGUAAUUCCCCUGCUCUGUGGCGGACCGUGACCCGGAGGAGACAAAGCAUUGGGGGUGGGGGCGCAGCAUUGUUCACAAACAAUACAAUGCCCCUCCAAUGCUAUGUCUCCUCCCGGUCACGGUCCGCUACUGCCCCUGCAUUUUAUCUGCUCUUAUUUAUUUGAAUUUUCAGACAUCUUUAAUAGAACUUUAUUUCUUAAAAAAGAUUAUUAUAUUACAAAAUUACUGAUAAAUUUGUUUACAUUGAGAGAGAUAAUUAAUGUUAAAAAAACACAAGCAGAAUGUGCAGUUUUGAAGGUUAUGUAAAGUUUCCCUCUCCUAUUUUAUUUUUAUAGCAAGAACCUGAUAUCAUAUCAACCUUAUCUCGUGUCAAAAGGAACCUGCAUUUCUCACAACUGUUGUAUUCAUAUCAAGACUUAUCCUUCUUUUCUAAAGAAUUUGAACUUUAUUCUCACAUUCCAAUAGCUGAUAAGACAGCGUGCAAGCUCUAUUUUUAGCAUGUUUUGUUUUUGAAACUUAGUAAAUACACACGCACUGCUUUACAAUUUUUUUUUAUCCUUUUCAAGCAAUUUUUGUCAUUUAUUUUGCCACUACUAGUUGAUAAAGUUUUGAGCAUGUUGUAUGUGGAUUUGUUGUUAAUUUCCUUUAAGUGCAUUAAGCAUCAACAUAUGAUGGAAAGUGAACUUUUUAAAUUUUAUGCAUUGUUAUUAUUAUGAAUAUUAUCAAAGGCUGUUUUUUUUUCUCUUGAUGUGAAGUUGCUGUGCUGCACACGUUUUUUUCAGCAUUAUAUAGUUAUUUGCACUGUGACUUAACCAGUUUUUUUUAAUGGAGCUAAAUUACUUUAUUUAUCUUGGAACUCAUUGAUAUUUUGUAACAACAUUUCAUGUGACACUUUAUCUAUGUUGCUCUUUAUUGAUCCGUUGUUGAUCCUAAAUGUAGAUCUUUUUCAUUUGUGCAAAUAAGGCUACCACAUUAUGGGCUCCUCAUAUUUGGCCAGAUUAAAUAUAUUAGUAUAACAGGUAAAUUGGGGUUUUCUUAUUAACUUUUAAACACAUGAAAGGGCUCCAGUUAUAAGUAAAGUCAUUCAUAACGUACUAAACAGCUUACUAAAAUUAUAAUCUGUGUUGCUAAUGUUUCAGCUGAAUUGCUCAAAUAGGAGAAUUGAUAUAUUCAUCUAUGCAUUCCUUAUUUUUAUUUUGGCUAUACUUUGGGUUUUUAUGAGCAGUUUACAAUACCAUAUUUAUUGCUUCCUUUUCUUUAGGGACAUAAUAGAAAGAGCCUUUUAGGACAUACCAGACACCCACACCUGUUACCCAUGAACAUGUAAUUCCCACAGAAAGAUCUACUGUGUACAAACAUUGAACUACGAACAUGUGGUUGACAGUUAAGAUCUAGAAUGUGUAAAGAAAGUUUAUAGAAAUUUGAAGCCACAUUUAUCAUUGCUGGAGCCAGGGGCAUUGCCCUGAUACACGUUUCAAAUUUCUUUUUUUGUUUGAUCUGUCACAAAUUCAAAUACCCCCCCUCCUUUCUCUGCCCAAAUGAGAAAAUGUCAUGUCCCUCUUUUUUCCUUAGGAACUAAUGAUUUUCCUUUUUUUUUGGGGGGGGGAGGGGGCCUUUAGAAAAUACAACUGAAUCUGCAACUAGCUAUAUUUUACAACAUAUCCCCCUUGAGUAUAAAUCACUUUACAAGAGCCAAGUAUAAAGAAUAACAACAUAAAUAAUGAUUUGGAGUGUUUCUGUGACGUUGGAUGUGGGGUUUUUGCUCCUGUGUGUUAUUGGGAUGAUUUUAUCAAAUAAAGAUUCACAUCACUAUGUUAAAAAGCAAAUACACAUGUUGCUCGGGCAUUAGAAUAAUUAUACACAAUUGUUAUCUUUGAGAAAGUCCAAACACCUUAAUAUUAUAACUGUCCUGAAGGUUCCUCAUGCGUAUAAUUCUAACUAAUGCCCUUGAUGUGUAUUAUUUGUAUAUUAACACAUCAUCUGACUCUCUUAUGUGAUGGUUCAAUUGUUACCAUCAUCUACAUCAUUAUUUGUUUUAUGUCAACUAUGAAAUGAUGCUAAUUCUCGACUCCCUGGAAUUUGAAUGUAUUACGUUAAUCAUACACCAAACCACUCACUAGAAUAUGGCUAAUUAUGAUGUAACACCCAUUUUUCUGUCCCAAGCCUCUGAUAUAAUAAGGGCUUGGUGGUUGAAAUAAACCUUCAUUUUGCUUGAAUUUGGUAAGCUCUUAUUGAUAAAUUGUGGAAAUGUAAUGAUUUUAUAAACACAAACUACUUACUGUUCUUCAUGUCUUUAUUUUCUUUAAUGUUGGUUUUCUGUUAGAUGUUGCACAUAUUGAUAAGAUAUAGAAAUGUGA